AUGUUUCUGGUAUAUCUCCUGGCUCUCUCCUGCCUGGGAAGCCCUGUGCCCAUGGCCUCUGUGUCUGUCUUCAAAAGCAAGCCAGUGGGCAUUGUGGGAGGUCACCGUAGCCAGCGGGGGAGGUGGCCAUGGCAGGUCAGCCUGAGGAUCUACAGUUACAAGACGACCUCCUGGGUGCAUGUCUGUGGAGGCUCCAUCAUCCAUCCACAGUGGGUGCUGACUGCUGCCCACUGCAUCCAAAGCCAGGAUGCCGACCCAGCCUUAUACCGGAUCCAGGUGGGGGAAAUAUACCUCUACAAGGAACAGGAACUUCUGAACACCAGCAAGAUCAUCAUCCACCCCAAAUUCAACAUUUUUAAUAAGAGGUUUGACUUGGCCUUGCUGAAGCUGACUACCCUCCUAACCGUAUCCAACUAUGUCUGUCCAGUCUCUCUGCCAAAAGACAACUCAACCUUCAACUCAAGUGACCAGUGCUGGCUGACUGGCUGGGGCAACCUUCUUGAAAAUGUACCUCUGCAGCCUCCCUAUCAGCUGUAUGAGGUGAAAACCCCGAUUUGGGAUGACAAGACCUGUGAGCAGGCUUACAGGAAAAAAAUGCAUCGCAAAGGCAAAACUAAGAUCAUCUUUGAGGACAUGCUGUGUGCUGGCACCUUAGGCCAAGGCCCCUGUUUGGGUGACUCUGGGGGGCCCUUGGUCAGAGGUUGCUUAUACUAG